ACGAGAGGCACGUGCCGCCGACCUCAGUGCGCCGAGCCGACCCGUGCCGACCCGCGCCGACUGUGACAGUGUGUCAGGCUGGUCAUUGGGUGUGUGGUGGUGGCAGAGGCUGGACUAGACGAGCGGGGAAGCGGAGUGUGUGGACGGAGGGAGAGCAGAGGUGUGGAUUUUACCGGAGCGACGCUGACACAGGGCACGGUGGCGCCGAGCAGGGCAGCACGUCGCGGCGACGGCCCGCCGCUCCGGAGAUGCGGCCAGUCCACCUCCGCUGACAGCAUGGCCUACCGCCGGGCUCAGCCGCUAGUGGUCAUGGUACUGACACUGGCAGCCCUGCCGGCCCUCGCUGCAGCCCAGUCGCGGUCUGACUGUCCCGUGCCCGGCGACCUGCGGCCCUGUGUCUGCACCAGCGAGCGCGGCGCCGUCUAUGUCACGUGUGAGAACGCCGCCCUGGCCGAGGUGCGCGAUGCGCUCGCGGCCCUGGCGCGGUGGCGUGGGACUGUGGAGCGGCUCACACUGCGCCACAACCGGCUGUCGACGCUCUCAAACAGGCUGUUCGACGGCGUGCGUCUGUUCCGGCUGGAGCUGAUCGACAACGGCGUGACCAUGGUGGACCGCGGCGCGUUCCAUGGUCUCGAGCGCUCGCUGACCCACCUGCUGCUGCAGGAGCCCGCCGCUGACAUGUUCGCCUUCGACGCCUUCGACGACCUGUACACGCUCGAGUCGCUGCACGUGGAGCGCACGCCGCUGCAGACGAUGCCGGCUCUGGCGCGCGCCGACCGGCUGCGUCUGCUGCACAUCAACGGCACCGGCAUCACGCAAAUCGCGGCGCGCUCGUUCGGAGGCACUCCGGAGCUACGCGAGCUACACUUCACGCACAACCCGACCGUGGCGCUCGGCGAGGCCGCGCUGAUCGGGCUCGGCAUGCUACGCGUGGCCGACUUCAGCCACAACUCGAUCGGCUACAUCCACCCGCGCGCGCUGCGGCCGGCCCAGCAGCUCGACCACCUCUCGCUGGAGGGGAACGGCCUGCGGGACGCCACGGUGGUGACGGUGGCGGCGCGCGAGGCGCCCCGACUGCGCCGGCUCGACCUCAGCGGCAACCUCAUCGAGCACGUGAAGACCGGCACCUUCGUGGACCUCAGGAAGCUGGAGAGUUUGGACCUACGACAGAACCUCAUCACAGAGGUGGACAGGGACGCUUUCCAUGUUCUUCCACAGCUGAAGCGACUAGAUCUCACCAAUAACUAUCUGAAUUCGUUGAAAAAGGAGGCGUUCUACAGCAUGGAAAACUUGGAACAGCUGCUUCUCAAGAACAACAACAUCUCUGAUCUCGUAGGCUGCGCAGACGUUUUGAGGCGGCUCCCGGAGUUGCGCAUUCUAGAUCUGAGCAUGAACCUCAUCGAGACAGUUCCCGAUGACACAUUCAGUCACCCGACGCUGGAAAUCAUCUACCUGAACCACAACAACAUCAAGGAGCUGACGCCAUCCAGCUUUAUCACGCUCCCCAGUCUUAGAGAACUGCAUCUGCAUCAUAACUUCCUCGCCUUGAGCCCGGCCGCUGGGGGCGCCUGGUGGGACCUGCCCAAGCUGACCGUGCUGGACCUCCGCUACAACGACCUCACCCAGCUGCCGGCCAGCCUGCUGCGCAACGUCAGCCUCCUCGAGCACGCAGACUUCAGCUACAACAUCAUCACACGAAUGGACGAAGACUGCUUCAAAGAAACACCUAUCCUCAAGUACCUAAACCUUUCUUAUAACUCACUCCAGUCGAUCAAUCCCAUUACCUUCCAGAAUCUGCACCAGCUUAGGCAACUGGAUCUGAGCUACAAUGAAAUCGCAUCCCUAGAGACGGGGCUGUUUUCUCACUUGGACAGGUUAGAAACGCUGGGGAUGAAGUACAAUAAAAUAUCCGUCAUUCAAACCGGCUCUAUGCCCACUCACGAGUCGUUGAGAGCUUUGGAUCUUUCCUUUAACUUCAUCGACACGUUCCCUUCGUCCGCACUGAUGGAGCUCCGAGGACUGACUGAGCUGAGGAUGAAACAAAACAUGCUGCGCGAGGUACCGGCUGAGGCCAUGCAGAAGUUGACCAGGAUGAAGGAUCUGGACCUGGGUUUCAACUUGCUGUCGAAGCUGGACCCCGACAUGCUCCGGGCGAUGAGUGACCUCCGGUCGGUAGAGCUUAGCGGCAACUUCCUCAAGACCAUCCCACUGGAGCUGUUCGAGCACAACGGAGAGCUACGGCUGGUCAAUAUCAGCAACAACCUGCUGAGCAGCAUCCCGCCCAAGACGUUCCACAGCCUGGGACACCUGGAGACGCUGGACUUGAGGAACAACACACUCACUGAUUUCGACAACAUGGUGAACCAGCUGCCCUCGCUCAAAUACCUGGACGCUAGCUUCAACAACAUCCAGGUCCUCUCCUCCACCACUUUCGAGAACACACCAUCUCUGGAGCACCUGGAGAUGCACCACAAUUACGUGGAGCACAUCAAGAGCAACACCUUCCUCAACAUGCCUUCCUUACGGCACCUGGACCUCAGUUUCAACGCUCUAACCGAGCUAGAUCCGGGCUCUUUCCGAGGCGACCAGCAGCUAGUCACCAUGUCCCUGAACAACAACGCCCUGCGUGAGCUGAAGGAAGCCACCUUCGUCAACCUGAACCGGCUGGAGCGGCUCGACCUGCGCGAGAACCAGCUGGCCGAGCUGGACGACAAGGCCUACCAGAACCUGCCGGCGCUGCGCGAGUACGACCUCUCCUUCAACAAGCUGGAGCGGCUGCCGCGCGACUCAUUCCGGAAUCUACCAGCGCUGCAGAGGGUCGACCUCGGCCACAACCGUAUCCUGGAGGUCUCGGACGCCGUGUUCCGACCGCUGGCCGACCUCCGCAUGGUCAAGCUGAACGAUAACGGUAUGUGUCGGAUCCACGAGGACGCCUUCUCGGGCCAGCGGCAUAUGGACACCGUGCUACUGCAGAACAACCGACUGCGCUCCCUCCGGAAACCCCUGUUCCGGCGGGUCACCUCACGAAUGCGACACCUCGAGGUCUCAGGGAACCCGCUGCGCUGCGACUGUGAGAUCCAGUGGCUACGGGACUGGCUCGGGGAGCUGCGAGAGCUGCACCCGCCGGCCGCGCGGCUGCUGCGCGAGCCCAUCUGCUACUACCCGCAGGCCAUGCGCGGCAUCCCCAUGCUGCGCACCAGAGAGAAUGAGUUCACGUGCGAGAGGGCGUCCGUGGACGAGGAGCCGUGUCCCGAGUUCACGGACGUGGAGCUGCGUGUGUUCCAGCCCACGCCGCGGCCGGCCGGGUCCAGGAACCCGCACCAGCUCACCGGAUACGAUGGGGAGUACGACACGGCGGCAGACUCGGCCAACGAGAUCACCACUCCGUCGGCAUCCACCGCGGGGGCGCCCACUUCCGGACAGCGGACGGCGGCGGUGACGGCCGCCGAGACGACGGCGCAGAUCGCGGCGCCGACGGCCACCACGCCGCUGGCCGUGGCCGACCCCAACUACACGGCCGGCGACACGCCCACCAUCUACGUCGGCUCCGUGAAGAAGCAGGCCGAGGUGCAGAAACAGACCGACGCCGCCAAGGGAGGAGGUGGAGGAGUGGGGGCGCUGGGUGCCGGACUGGCCUCGGCGGGAGGUCUGCUCGGCACGCUGGGUACCCUGGGAACGCUAGGGACGCUUCUGCCGAAACUGGGACUCACGUUUGGACUGGGGAAUUCGAACCGUAACUCGGACCGGAGCGGUCACGUGGCACAGGGCCACGACCGACCCCGGCGGCCGCUGCCGCCUCAGUUCGCCGGACACAACAAACAGUAUCCGAACCAGCAGCGCCGGCCCGACUUCUACGCGCAGCGGAGCCGGCCCGGGGCGCCGCAGGCUCCACCUCGCGGCCGGCCCGAGAACCAGCGCCCGCCGCCAGGGAGCGCCACCAACCGGCCAUCGACGAGGCCCCGCCAGCCGCCGCCGCCUCCACCGCGGCAAAACACGGAGCGUCAGCCGCCCGGGCGGCCGCCUGUCCCAUCCGACCAACUAUUUGUGCCGGCCAAGCACGGCCACAUCCGACACAACGACGUCGUCGACCCGCUGGGCCUGAACGCGUUCGUGUUCCCCGACCCGCAGCUGAACCCGGGUGCCUCCAGUUCACACAACUCAGUCGUGUUCGCUGGAGAGGAGAGUGCUCCGUCCCCGGCUCCGGCACAGAGACCAGCCACGCCCGAGACCAUUCCGAUGGAUGCGCCGUUCGUACCCAGCCCCUCGUUUGACGCCGAGCCCCAGGAGAUGAACGGGUUCCGACCGCUGUCGGAGGGAGGACAGCGGCCCGCGGCGGCGCCAGCAGUACCCGGGGGGAGUCGGUUUGGCCUGCAGGACGUGUGGUCCGAGCGGCCGGCGCCCGGUUCGGAGGGCACUCCGCCGGAGGGAGCUGAUGAGGCCGGGGUAACGCUGGACAUGCUGCUGGACGAGCUCCGGCAGCUGGAGCAGGACGCAGCGGCCGGGGAGCGACAGACCACUACCAGCACGGAGCGCGCGCGACCCUCGACCACCACCACGGAGCGCGAGCCAAGCACCGAGCAGAGCUACCCGUCCGACGAGCUGGCCGACUUCAGUCUGGACCACCUGCUGAGCAUGAUCGCUGAGCAGUCGACGCCGGGGUCGGUGGAACGGCCCGAGGGCGGCACAGGAUUCUCCGACUUCACCACCCCGCCCCCGCCUGCGGAAGAGUACCAGGAGAUAGCUGAGACGUCCGAGUCGCGCCCCGGCGACACGCUGGCCGCUUGGUUUGACGCGACAGACGACACAAAGCGUCCUCAGUCUACCACGGAGCGCCAGCCGGCGAUCACGAGCACAGAGCGGACCGACGAGACGACCCCACUGUGGACAGACGUAGCCGACCGUCGAGCCAGCACCGAGUGGCCGGUCCACGCGCUAGACGAGGCCUCGGAGAAACACCAGCUGACCGAGCCAGCGCCGGCGGCCGAUGACGACCAGCUCUCUGACGUGCUGUCGAACGCGCUGUCGGAUACAUUCUCCGACUGGUUCUCGAAUGAGCCGGAGGAAGAGACCACGGUCAGUCCGGCGCCGGAGGAGCGCGCAGAGACCACCACGGAGACAUCUGACCCUCCUGAGCUGGACACGGUCUCACCCGAUCACGGCUGGGGACGGCCCAAAAAUGCCACAUACGAGGCGAGACUGAAAGCCGAGCUGGCGGUUCACACUAAGGAAGAAGCGUCUCCUCCACCGCCUCCGAUGGUGAGGACGACCGCGGCGCCGCCGCCUCCCCCUGAAGCCGAACUGCCGGCGUCCCCUCGCGGCCGACCGAGCAUCACCAAGGUGGAGGCUUACGACAACCAGUACGACCUGCCGCAGUUCAUAGCGCCGCGCGGCGGCGGCCUGGGUCCUCAGCAGGCCGCGCGGCCGCCGCCCGACGAGCCCGAGCCUCCCCAGGCGCCCGAGAGCAACACGAUCCCGUUCGGAGACAGUCUGUCGCAGCAGCCGGCGCUGGGCCGCUCCCAGCCGGCGCGCGACACUGCCAAUGAGUGGUACUUCAAGAACUACUUCACGGACGAGCUGGAGGUGUCCCGGCCGGCCGACCAGUGGCCGCCGUACCGCGCCUCAGUCAGCGGUAGCGGGGCAGGGGAGCCGACCGGCCGGCCGCUGCUGGUCGCCACUCUGGUGGUCGUGGCGGCGGCAGCGUGGGGCAGAUGGUGAUGGACGAAAGGACGGGGUUCGAUUCUUCCCGGGACCACACAGGGGAGAAGGGAGAUAGCAUAGUGAGUCUGGAUCGACCCGACAGCGGGAUACUACGAACAGACGGCAGCGGUCCUGGCGAGGGCUAACCAACGAUCCGGUACCAGCAAUGCACCGAUAUGCAGAAUGCGGGCCUACCAAGGCCGUCGAGCAAGAGCCGAAUUCAGACCAACCUCGAGCCAUACCUGGCUUCCACCUAACGCCCGAUGCGUCAACUGCCCCGUAGCCCGGCCGCGGGUCCGCGAACCCGACACCGCGAGCGCACACUUGUUGUUACGCACCCCGAGAGGAUAUGACAGAACAUAAGUGCUUUCCAGUCGCCCGCCGCGGCGCGGGCGGCGUCCAGUUGUGACAGAGCUGUCCUGUUGAGCGAUUUCCAUGUAGUUUCCAUGCGCUUUAGAUAGCCGCGAGCCGCGUUGUGAGCAAUAAUUGUUUGUGUGAGAGGAGGGUGAUUAGUUUAUAUUUGUGUCCAACUUCACUGAAAUAUCCCGAAGGUAUUGUGUGUUGUCGUUGAUUUGUAUAUGCCCAUGGUGUACGAUUGUCGGUAUAUCGGUAAAUAUUGGUAAAUGGAGCACCUGCGCACGCGAAUCCCUCACAGAAAUCUGGAAUUUCCCUAUCGUGUAUGAUAUAUCCUAUACCUAGUGUAAACACCUCAUAUUGUGUAUUCGUUUUAAUAAACGUUAUUUUCUUAG